AUGCCCGGCGCAGGAGGAUCAGCAACGUUUCUUGCAUUUGGUACAAUCGUCAAGCGUAGUCUCACCACCUUCACUCCAACACGCCACUCACCGCGUCCUCUACUACAUCUUCCACCGCACAACACUCUUGUCUCAAAAGCAUCCAAAGGAAAGAAGCUUCCGAAGAAUCACUUCACGUCCCACAGGCCUCUGCUCAACGACAAUCACCAGCAGCCAUCUCAAGCACAGGACCAGCAUGGAAGCAAGAAGCAGGAAAAGGGCCCAAAACGCAAGGCGGCGCAACGGACGCAGGCAGCCAAUACGUCGUUACGGAGAGUAGCUGUAGAAGCACAGCGCUCCCGUGGUGGUACGGCAAACCCUAGUGGCUUCAUCAAAGGACGAGGGCAGAGACGCCAUGUCGAUCCAGAAGUAGAGACCAAGGACGUAACAGCGUACUGUGCUGCUGAGACCUACAAUAUCUACGUAGCCCGGGACUUGCUGCAGAAAGAAGGCUGGGAAGCAGAUCCUCACAAUACCGCACUCUUCCCACAGGUUUUGCACGUCCAGUUUAGAAGCGCCACAUGGGGCAGAGGGAAGGAAGAUGGAGAGGGUCUAGGCGAUGUCCUGGUCUUCCCCUCGGGCAGCGUAGUCACCUGGAACGUCCCCGAGAAGGCCGCCCUCAACCUCGUUGAAAAGGUCCUCUUACCAGCGGCAGGCGCCAGCCACCUCGACCGCAUCGAAGCCGAAGACCUCGAAUACCUCGAAGACCCAACGCGGGAGACCAGCGAGAUCCUCGGCGACACCAUUAUUCUCGGCACCAAACCACCUGGCAACGCCUCCGAAAACCCGGAUGACACUUCCUCCCACCACCCCGAAACCGACACCAUCCUCGCCAAAAUCGCCUUCUCCUCCGCCCUCGCCCGCUCGACCAAACUCGCCGUCCUCGAAAACAGCCUUACAGCCUAUUUCGACACCACCUCCACCAUCCCCGCUUUACUCUCCAAUAAUCGCCUGCCCUGGAUCAUGCGCCGCUUCAUGCUGCGCAAAACCGGCGAGCUCCUGCACAUCCGCGCGCAACUAAACCUGUACUCCGAGCUCACGGACUCUUUGCCAGACCUCUUCUGGGACUCGCCGCACGAGCUGGGGCUGGAAAGCUACUAUGAUGCUGUGGGCAAGUCGUUGGAUGUCGGGCAGAGAAUCAGAGCGUUGAACGAGAAGAUGGACUAUGCGAAUGAGAUUGCGAUGGUUUUGCGGGAGAGGCUGAGCGAGGCGCAUAGCCAUUUGUUGGAGUGGAUCAUUAUCUGGUUGAUUGUGAUUGAGGUCGCGUAUGGGAGUUGGCAUUUGUGGCGGGAGCACGUGGAGAAGGUCGAUCCGGAUAGUACGACGAAUUUGAUGCGGGCGUAUUUGAGAAAGGAAUUGGGUGGUGAGAAGGGAAGAGAUGAAGCGCGAUAG